AUGGCUUUAUGCUCACAAGCUUUUCUCCCAUCUUGUAAACGCACCUGCGGGUAUACCCAGCUGGUGCAGCAUGAGAGUCCUGCAGCGAAGAGAAUGUGCUUGUCUAAAAUCAACAUGAACACUGUCUCAAACAAGCGCUUGCCUCAAGUAUGUUUUAAGCAAGUGGCUGGCGGGACUUGUUACUCGUCAUCAUCAGACUCUCUUUCGGAUUCUGAAGAUCAACAGUCGUGCUACAUUGCUGAUCAAAUAAGAGCAAAGAGAAGAGCCUCUAGCAGAGUGUCUUUUUCUUUGGACGAUAAGUUGUCCAAGGCCGUUGCGCAAUAUAGUGAUGAUGACGAGGGUCACUAUGAGCCUUCUAAGCCCACAUCUUCUCGCUCUAGCGAUGACGACAACUUGGACUGCAAGUUGCUGAGCUCGCCCUGCAAGUCAUCCGUGUAUGUGAAUAACCUUCAUGGGAACAUACAGAUGUUGCAUCGCACCUCUUCCUCUGGUAACUUCUUCCAUAUCUCUGACAGCUGCUCCUCAGUGAACAGCUCCAAAAACUCUAUGCCGGUAUCCGAUAAAAGUGCCAGAGCCAGAUGCUUCGAUUAUCUUGUUGGUGCUAUAGAUGAAGCUUGGGCCAGAUAUUGUGAUGCCGCUUCUCACAUUGAGAAUGAGGCUUAUGGAUACAAUGCGCCCGGCUCAUCGGUCACUGAUGACGAGGACGACUGUGGCGUCACUACAGAUUUGACUGACUAUGAUACUGACUUCGAGCACAAACAAGUGUUCAAGCCAAUCAUGCUGAGAAAGCCAUCCAUUAUGGGCCCAUCUGUUCAAAUCAAUGCAACCGAGCAGACUUCGACCAGUAGAGACCCCUCAUCCUGUCAUUUACAGGCUUUGAAGGACCGCUUGACGAAAGCAAAGUAUUUUUUGCAAGACUUGGUGGAUUCUGAAGAUUACAACGAUGCUUAUGCGUACUGGAAAAGAUGGGACAUGAUCAAGUACGCCACCAUUGAAUUGGUUGAGGAUGACGACGACGACGAUGUUGUUGAAAACACCAUUGAAGAAUUGGAAAACGGGAGGCUUUUUGCCAACUGA